GAGAUAGGGGAGAGGAUCCACAGCUCCUUCAAGGCACCGCAACAGCAGGGGAUCCACAGCCCCUUCAAGGCACCGCAACAGCAGGGGAUCCACAGCCCCUUCAAGGCACCACCCCAGCAGGGGAUCCACAGCCCCUUCAAGGCACCGCAACAGCAGGGGAUCCACAGCCCUUUCAAGGCACCGCAACAGCAGGGAAUCCACAGCCCCUUCAAGGCACCGCAACAGCAGGGGAUCCACAGCCCCUUCAAGGCACCGCAACAGCAGGGGAUCCACAGCCCCUUCAAGGCAUCGCAACAGCAGGGGAUCCACAGCCCUUUCAAGGCACCGCAACAGCAGGGGAUCCACAGCCCCUUCAAGGCAUCGCAACAGCAGGGGAUCCACAGCCCCUUCAAGGCAUCGCAACAGCAGGGGAUCAACAGCCCCUUCAAGGCAUCGCAACAGCAGGGGAUCCACAGCCCCUUCAAGGCACCAUCCCGGCAGGGAGGAUCCACAGCCACACCCAGCCCCCAGGCACCACCCCAGCAGGGGAUCCACAGCCCCUUCAAGGCACCACCCCCAACAGGGGAUCCACAGCCCCUUCAAGGCAUCAUCCCGGCAGGGAAGUACAACCCCUUCAAGGCACCAUCCCGGAACAGGGAGGAUCCACAGCCACACCCAGGUACCACCCCAGCAGGUGAUACCCAGCCACCUUCCCCAGCAGGAAGAUCCACAGCCCCUUCAAGGCACCGCAACAUCAGGGGAUACACAGCCCCCAGGCACCACCCCAGCAGGGGAUCCACAGUCCCUUCAAGGCAUCAUCCCGGCAGGGAGGAAGUACAGCCCUUCAAGGCAUCAUCCCGGCAGGGGAGGAAUCCACAGCCCCUUCCAGGCAUCAUCCCGCCAGGGGAGGAAGAUCCACAGCCCCAUCCAAGGCACCCCAAGCAGGGAUGCACAGCCCCAGCCAGGUACCGCCCCAGCAGGAUGCACAGCCCCACCCAGGCACCGCCCCAGCAGGGGAUGCACAGCCCCCACCCAGGCACCUCCAGCAGGGGGAAACCCCACCCAGGCACAGCCCAGCACUUCAAGGCACCGCAACAUCAGGGGAUCCACAGCCCCACAACAGGGGAUCCACCCCUUCAAGGCAUCAUCCCGGCAGGGAGGAAGUACAGCCCCUUCAAGGAUACAUCCAGCCACACCCAGGUACCACCCCAGCAGGUGAUACCCAGCCACCUUCCCCAGCAGGGAAGAUCCACAACCCCACCAGCCCCAACCAGGCACCCGCCCCAGCAGGGGGAUGCACAGCCCCACCCAGGUACCGCCCCCAGCAGGAUGCACAGCCCCACCCAGGUACCGCCCCAGCAGGGGAUGCCAGGGGACAUCCAGGUACCACCCCAGCAGGUGAUACCCAGCCACCGCCCCAGCAGGGAAGAUCCACAGCCCCACCAAGGCACCGCCUCAAGCAGGAUGCACAGCCCCACCCAGGCCCCCAGCAGGGGAUGCACAGCCCCACCCAGGCUCGCCCCAGCAGGGGAUGCACAGGGGGGCUACCCAGCCAGCCCCACAGCCCCACCAGGCACCGCCCAGCACUGCCCCACUAGGGGAUACCGCACCCAGGCAUCAGGGGAUCCACAGCCCGCUCCAGUAGGGGCUACAAGGCACCCAGGCACUGCCCCAGUAGGGGACAGCCCCACCCAGGCACCUUCAAGGGGGAUCAUCCCAGGCAGGGGGGAUACAAGCCCCACCCAGGCAGCCCCAGUAGGGAUACAGCCCACCCAGGCCAGGGAUACAGCUCCACCCAGGCACCGCCCAGUAGGGGAUACACAGCCCCACCCAGGCACUGGUAAGGAUUACACAGCCCCACCCAGGCACCGCCCCAGGGGAUACCACCCCAGGCAGGUGACAGCCUCACCCAGGCACCGCCCCAGUAGGGGAUACACAGCCCCACCCAGGCACAGCCCUUUACAGCCCCACCCAGGCACCGCCCCAGUAGGGGAUACCACACCCCAGGCCCCACCAAGGCAAUACACAGCCCCACCCAGGCACUGCCCCACAGGGGACAGCCCCACCCAGGCACCCCAGCACCACCAGCAGGGGCAGCCCCAGCACCACCCCAACAGGGGAAGGAAUCUUCAAGGCACCAUCCCCACCAAGGCACCAGGCCUUCCCCAGCAGGGAAGAUCCACAGCCCCUUCAAGGCACCGCAACAUCAGGAUACACAGCCCCCAGGCACCCCCAGCAGGGAUCCACAGUCCCUUCAAGGCAUCAUCCCGGCAGGGAGGAAGUACACUUCAAGGCACCAUCCCAGCAGGGGGAUCCACAGCCACAUCCAGUACCACCCUACAGGUGAUACCCAGCCACCGCCCAGCAGGGAAGAUCCACAGCCCCACCAAGGCAGGGGGAUGCACAGCCCCCACCCAGGACGCCCCAGUUAGAUCCAGGAUGCACAGCCCCACCCAGGCACCGGGGUACGCCCAGCACCGGGGAUGCACAGCCCUUCAAGGCACCACCCCAACAGGGGAUCCACCCCUUCAAGGCAUCAUCCCGGCCAGCCCCUUCAAGGAUCCCGGCACGGAGGGACAUCCAGGUACCACCCCAGCAGGUGAUACCCAGCCACCUUCCCCAGCAGGGAAGAUCCACAACCCCACCAAGGCACCAAGCAGGGGAUGCACAGCCCCGCCUGGGCAGGGGAUGCACAGCCCCACCCAGGUACCGCCCAGCAGGGGAUGCACAGCCCCACCCAGGUACCGCCCCAGCAGGGGAUGCACAGGGGGACAUCCAGGUACCACCCCAGCAGGCACCGCCCCCAGCAGGGGAUCCACAGCACCAAGGCACCGGGCCCCAGGCACCAGGCUCCAGCAGGGGAUACACCCAGCCAGGGGAUGCCACAUCCAGGCACAGCAGGUGAUACCCAGCCACCGCCCCAGCAGGAAGAUCCACAGCCCCACCCAAGGCACCGCCCAAGCAGGGGAUGCACAGCCCCACCCAGCCACCGCCCCAGCAGGGAAGAUCCACAGCCCCACCAAGGCACCGCCCAAGCAGGGGAUGCACAGCCCCACCCAGGUACCGCCCCAGCAGGGGAUGCAGGCGUCUCAAUUCCAGGUACCGCCCAGCAGGGGAUGCACAGGGACAUCCAGGUACCACCCCCAGGUGAUACCCAGGCACACAGCCCCCCCAGUAGGGGAUGCACAGCCCCACCCAGGUACCCGCCCAGCAGGGGGAUACAGCCCCACCCAGGCACAGCCCCAGCAGGGGAUGCACAGCCCCACCCAGGCAGCCCCUAGGGGGAUGCAGCAUAUCCUGCACCCAGGCACCGCCCAGCAGGGAUACACAGCCCUUCAAGGCACCACCCCAACAGGGGAUCCACAGCACCUUCAAGGCAUCAUCCCAGGCAGGGAGGAAGUACAGCCCUUCAAGGCACAGCCCGACAGGGGGAUCCAGCCCCACCCAGGCACCGCCCAGGGGAUCCACCAGGUCCUUCAAGGGCAUCAUCCCAGGCACCGCCCUCCAGUAGGGGAUACAAGUCCCAACCAGGCACUUCCUCAAGGCACACAGCCCCACCCGGCAGGGAGGAUCCACAGCCACAUCCAGGUACCACCCCAGCAGGUGAUACCCAGCCACCGCCCCACAGGGAAGAUCCACAGCCCCACCAAGGCACCGCCCAAGCAGAUGCACCAGCACCCAGGUGCCUCGCCCAGCAGGGGAUGCACAGCCCCACCCCAGGCACCGCCCCAGCAGGGGAUGCACAGGCCCGCACUCCAGGCACCGCUCCAGUAG